GGGACUGUUGAGCUUCUUCUCUGCUACUGCUACUGUAUUAAUCCCGCCACCCUUUGUUCUUCAAUUUAUUUUCUUUGCCUUCAUUUUCACUUUGUUUCUCUUUGUUUUAGUUUUACCAUUCUUGUGUACUCUUAUAUCCUCUCGCCUGAUUCUUAAGGCUGCAUAUCUCUAGAAAUGAUGUAUAUCCCAUUUUUCGGAACAAGAUUUGGUACUCCCAGGUCCAAGCCUGUUAAAGGAGGAUCAAGGUGUAAUAUUGUUGAUCAUGGAAAGGUUGAUGAUCUGGGCCUCAAUGAUACGCAAGAUGGCUUUGAGUCAGACCCUAGUUGGGAGUUUCCAUCUUUGGACGAAUCUGAAGAAAAGGAACAUAGAGAACAAGAAGAUGAUCAAGAGGUGGAUGGAAGAGAAAAGUUGUGCACGUAUGAGGAGGACUCUUGGCAAAUUCUGGUACCAAAAUCUCUUACCAAAAAGGAAGAAAACAAAACGUUUUUUGAACUCCUGUCCUUUUGGAGAAAGAAAGAGAAAGAAGAGAUAUGCAAGAGAUUUUAAUUAAGUUUGGUAAACUUCAGCUCUCAGAAAUUAAUUGAUAGUUUUUCUUUUCCUUCCUCCAGUCACUGAUUUGAUAAUAUUGAUGAAUAAUUUUGUCAAAAUGUAGACCUGCUGGUUUCUGGACAAAUAGCUUGCAUGAACAGGGAGGGAAA